GCUCACAUUCAAAAACCCACACACGCUCUCAUUUUUUUUCACAACUCGCAAAACCGAUUUUACUCUUACAAACCCUACCUCUUCCCCCUACCGUUUCUCUCCGAACUCCGAUCAACAUGCCUAAGGCCACCUCCACCGCGAAACCCGCUGAUAACCUGUUGAAGCGCAAGGGCGCUGGUGCUGGAACUAAGCAAUCGAAGAAAGCUGCGAAGGAUCCUAACAUGCCUAAGAGGCCUCCAAGUGCUUUCUUCGUUUUCAUGUCUGAAUUCAGAGAGACUUUCAAGAAGGAGAAUCCUGACAACAAAUCUGUUGCCGUGGUUGGUAAGGCUGGAGGGAAAGAGUGGAAAGCACUGUCUGAAGCUGAGAAAGCUCCUUAUGUUGCUACCGCAGAGAAGAAGAAGGAGGAGUAUGCCAAGGCUAUGCGUGCAUACAACAUUUCGUUGACUGAGGAAAAGGCUCCGUCCGAGGAAGAGGGAUCUGACAAGUCCAAGUCUGAAGUCAAUGAUGAUGAAGAUGAUGACGAGGAAUCUGACGAGUAGAGUUGCUGUUCUUCGAAGAAGAAGAAGCGUAGGAGUAUUUGCCAUAGAAUAAUAAUAAUUUGUUAGUAGGUUUUUAUGAAUUUUGGGGAUAUUUUGGAUCCACACAACUGUGAUGUGAUAAACAGUGUUUAGUGCCUUAGGCAUGUUUAGGUUCAGCCCCAUGACCUGUACUUAUUCCAUCUCUAUUAUUAAUACAACUCAGUUUCUAUGGUACAA